ACAUGGAACAUGACAUCUGUUAAUCAAUGAAAGAAAGUCUCUUCUCAUAGCGGGCAAAUUGUCUGUUCUUUUACUCUUUCGUAUUUGUAAUAAUCGUUACUAAAUAAUUUCUCUAAUUAAUCUCCUUUUUAGGACCAACAAUUUGUUCCUGAUUGGAUCCGGUGAAUCAGCUGUUUCUUGUGAUCUCUUUCCCUUUGUAAAUUAUGUCAACUCUCAAAAUACUUGCCAGUGGGCCAGUGAAUGGCAGACAUGCCCUUUUCUUUGAAAGGAUAAAUAAGGUCAAUAAAAAGAAUGGGCCAUUCGAUAUGAUUCUAGUGGUUGGUUCUUUUUUCUCUGAUAACUCGGAAGAGAAUCAAGAUUGGGUCGAUCAAAUUAAACGAAAAGAACUGAGUAUUCCACAGAUUCCUAUUUAUAUUCUGGGUCCACAAUCAUCCUCUCAAGCUCUUUAUUAUAGAAACAAAGAAGAUGAUCAAUCAAGUUUCGAAAAUGGCUUUGAAAUAACGGAAGGAAUCACUUUUCUUGGUAGAAAAGGCGUUCUUACCGGUAGCUCUGGACUUCGAAUUGCUUAUUUAAGUGGAAAAGAAUCAGAACAAGUGUCAAACAUAACAUAUACUAAAGAUGAUGUUCGUAAUUUGGUGCAAUUGACCGAAAGCUCAUCUUCGCCGAUUGAUGUGCUCAUCACCUCUCACUCUCCAUCAAAUUUCAUUAAAUAUCUUGAUUUUAUUCCACCAGAGAUGAAAACAGUUUCUGAUGAAGGAUCUGAACUUAUUUCGAGACUUGCUUAUCAUUUGAAACCAAGAUAUCACUUUGCCGCUGGUCAAUACUUCACCGAAAGGCGACCUUAUCGUAACCACGUUGUUCUGCAAGAAUCCCAAAGACAAGCAACGCGUUUUUACAGUUUAGCUUCUGUUGGCAAUGUUCAUAAAUCUAAAUGGCUCUAUGCUUUCAACAUUUCGCCAAGUAAUCAAGUGGAAAGAAAAGAAUUGGUCAAACAACCGGAAGGAACGACUGAACGUCCAUACUCGUUCUCUGAUGAUUGGUCUGAGCAACAAACAGCCAUUAGUAAAGAUCAAUUUUUCUAUGAUGCAAGUUACCAGGAAAGUGACCAACAAACUUACCAACGAAAAGGCACACGACGGCAACAUGACAAUUUUCAAAGGAACCAAAACCAAAACCAUCAACCUCGACAGAACUUAGACGAUGGAGAUCGACAGAAUAAGCGAUUCCAGGAUGAUAGACAACAGUCCCAAAUUAAAUGCUGGUUUUGUUUAGCAAGUCCUGACGUGGAGAAGCAUCUUAUCGUUAGUAUCGGCGAUUUGUGCUACCUCGCAUUACCCAAAGGCGGUUUAGUGGAUGGCCAUUGUCUUAUUUUACCUGUAGCUCAUUAUCGAUCAUUUUUGGAAUCAUCAAACAACAAAGAGCUGGUUAGUGAAGUGGAGAGAUUCAAAAAAGCAAUCGGUGAUUAUUAUUGUACCAAAGACUGUGUUCCAAUUUUCUUUGAGCGCAACUUUCGCACUUACCAUUUUCAAUUACAAGCUAUACCAGUGCCCAAGAAUAUUACUCAAUCAAUUGAAGAAAGUUUAAUUGAGUUAAGCGGAUCAAAAGGAUUCAGUCUGAAGCCAAUACCUGUUGAAAUGGAGCUGAAAGAUGUACUUUCCCCUGGAUUACCUUAUUUUUAUAUUGAGAUUCCGGAUAUUAAAGUCAAAAUGUACACGCAAAUUAAGAGACUAGAAAGAAACGCUGACGGGAAUCAAGGAAAAGGUCAAGAUAAUCAUUUUCCAAUCCAAUUCGGUAGAGAACUAUUAGCUGAUCCAAAGAUUCUUAACAUUCCGAACCGUGUAGAUUGGAAGAAUUGCUCGAUAUCAAAGGAAGAGGAAACCGAAGAGACGAAAACAUUUCGUGAAUCAUUCAAACCUUUUGAUUUCACUUUGGAAUAACUUUUUUGGACUCUCAUCAAACUUUUCUGAGUCUAAUUCAUAACUUCAAAUGGAAUGAUAGUCACCAGAACAACUGAAAUGAUUCCAGUCAUUCCGAUCUUUACUCAACUUUUUCGUCACCGCCAAGUUCUCAAUAAAUAGCAGCUCUGAUAUCCUUUUAUAUAA